AUGGGCACCUUUGAAAACCUCCCCUCUGAAAUCAUUAUACGUAUUAUUCAUGAUGCUGCUGAUUUUGUUGGCCUACAAAGUCUGCUGGUAGUUUCACCGCGGGUUCAUGCUGUUUUUGAGGCUCAGCCGGACAGAAUCACGGAGGAUCUUAUAGUAUCAAACCCCAUGACUACGAUGCCUGAAAUUCGAAAUCUAAUCCGAUACACGGCCCUAGCUCCCACGGUACAUCGCUCCAGUCUCGACAACUAUAUCGGGGUAAUGUGUGAGAGUACGUCCAGUGUUCUCCCUCGAGACAUGAGCUUUGCCGAACUACAUCAACUAGUUCAGAUCGCUGCGCAGGUUCAGCGUUUAGCAUGUGUAUGCCUUUCUACCAUGCAGCAAAACUUUAUCUCUGCGGUGGGGGCCACUCCCGCUGGCUCCCUGUGUGGUGCUGUUCGAGCACAGAAAGCGAGCGAGCCUUUUUCAUGGAUUGAGGAAUACCGGGUAUACUGGGCUCUGUGGCAUCUAGUCUACUAUUCUAUUCUCUGUGAGACUGCGCUGUCACUGCCGGCAGAUUCGAUACAAAGGAUACAUAAGUCUGCCUUCCGGAAUCAAAUGGGGAUACGCAGGAAUGAAUAUAUCUGGACGGUGGCCGCAGUUCUCUCGGACUUGGGACUACAUCCCUCCUACGGGGACUCUGAACAGCAGGAGCCCUCAAAAGCCUUCUGGGAUCUCCCGGAGGAGACACCCAUACCUUUAUUCACAUCCUUUGCGUUCGGCUUUGAGAAUUACCUCACCUGGAGCCCUCAACCAGUACCGGAAAGUACCCCCGUUAUAAGUAUCUGGAGUCGCGGGGUGGAUAGUUGUGACCAUUCGUCAGUGCAGACGGGAAGGUUCUCCUCGUAUAGCAAAAUACUUCUGCGGGGCAUUCCAAGUUCUGCCGCGAUGCUAGAUAUGCGGCCAUUUCGACGACUUGGGGUUCUUCUGUGGGACACGUGGCGUGUAUUCUCAGUUGGGCUUAUAACAAAACCGCGCCGAGGGGUCAUUCCGACCCCAGAUGGAGGAUAUCUUGAUUCUGAUUCUGAUAAUAGCCCUCUUUUGACUAUACAAGAGGAUGCGUCGAUAUGGCUGGCGAUGGUCGGUAAGACGCUGUGA